UUCCUUUCCCUGAUUCAAGUCUGCAACGUAAAGCCAUUGCCCAUUAAUUGGACUGAUAUUUUUUUGUUCUUCUUCUCCGUUUUCUUCGAAGAUCUGUUGGGGUUUCGAAUUUUCCUUUCAAUUGUCCUAGGCUUGGCAAGUUUGGUUCACAAUGGAGGGCGAAGAGGAUGCCGUGAAGAAGGCACAGAUGGUGGAAGCUCGGGCUAGAAACAUUAGCCACAAUGUUCGUUGCACCGAGUGUGGAAGCCAAUCCAUUGAGGACUCACAAGCAGAUGUCGCCAUUCUGCUCAGGAAGUUGAUUCGUGAUGAAAUUCGUGCUGGGAAAACUGAUAAAGAUAUCUAUAAAAAGCUCGAGGAAGAAUUUGGAGAGACUGUUCUCUAUGCCCCACGUUUUGAUAUGCAGACAGCAGCUUUGUGGCUAUCACCUUUUCUAGUUGCGGGAGCAGCAGCAGGGAUAUGGGCAUUUCAGAAGCACAGACAGAAGACAAAUGUGCACAUCAUGGCACUGAACCUAGUGAGAGGCGUUCCCUUGACCCCAAAAGAGAAACAAACGAUGCUAGAGACACUGAUACCUCCUCCACGAGGAAAUAGGUGGUGGCGCAACUGACAUCUCACUUGCCACUGAUCUAGUGGCUUCCACUUGGUGAUGAUGAAUUUAAACUGUAGCUUGUGGUAGUGGAAUGGAUUUUUACAAUCCACAAGUUUGAUUAUGUUACUCUUAUUAAUCUUUUCUAAAUUUUAUUCCUUUCAUUCA